AUGGCCGACGUCGACAUGGAAAUCGACGACGUCGCGCCGCCGGCGACGGGCGUCAACAACGGCAACGACAACAGCAACGACAACAGCAACGACAACAGCAACGACAACGGCGAGGCCGCCGCCGACGGCCCGCGGAGUGCCGACAUGCAGACCCAUGCCAAGGCCACGGCCGUCCGGUCCAUUGAGGGCUGGAUCAUUGUCGUGACCAACGUCCACGAAGAGGCCGAUGAGGAGGCCCUGCACGACAUGUUUUCCGAGUUUGGCGAGAUUAAGAAUAUGCACCUCAACCUCGACCGCCGCAGCGGCUAUGUCAAGGGCUACUGCUUAAUCGAAUACCCGACCCUCAAGGAGGCGCGUGCGGCCAUUGACGGCGCGCACCAGACGAAGCUGCUGGACCAGACGGUGCAGGUGGACUUUGCGUUUGUGCGUCCGCCGCCGGCCAAGGCGCGCAACGAUCGUGACCGUGACCGCGACCGCGACCGGGACCGCGACCGCGACCGUGGAGGCCGCAACGACCGGACCCGCGAACGCAACGACAGACACGACAGACACGAUGGCGGCGACCGCGACGGCGCGCGGGAUCGGAGUCCAAGCGAGGAACACAGACGCGGCCCGCCGGGUGGCCGGACAGGCCGCAGCCGGAGUAGGAGUCCAGGGGCCGAGGCUGGCGCGUGA